AUGUUCAGAAAAUAUAGUUUCUCUGAAGAUAUUGUGGAUAACGAUUUCAGCAGAGAUUGGAAUUGGGAUCAUUUUAUAUAAGAUUCUAAUUCAAAAGUUAAUAAAAAAAGAACAUCGUAUUUUACUCAAGAAGAAGAUGAUCUAUUAUGUCAAUAGGUUGCAUCAAUAGGGAGAAAAUGGAAGAAAAUAGCUUCUAAAUUUUCAAAUAAAUCAGAUAGAAUGUUAAGAAAUAGAUUUAUCAAAUUACAACAAUAAUCAGAUACAAGUAUUUUCUAAUCUUAUUCAUUAAGCUGAUGCCAUUUCAUCCCCUAAAUUAGAAUUAAGCAGUCAUGAAGAAAAAAUAUAAAAAAAAUGCAAAAUUAAUGAACAAUAAUUAUUAAUCUAAGUAAAAUAGUUAAAGUCAAUAAAACAAAAAAUUGAUCUUAUUUCUAUUCUCGUAUCACAAACUAAAAUAGAAUUGAUAAAUUUAUUAAUUUCUCCUACUUAAUGA